AUGCCGAAAGCAAUCUCGAUAUCAAAGGUCGACGGCAAGCCCGGUCAGGUCUACUAUCCGUUGUCGCUGGAUGAAGUCCCGAAGCCCUCGCCAAAAGGGAAAGAAGUCCUCAUCAAGAUCCAUGCCGCGGCUUUGAACCACCGCGACCUGUUCAUUCGCCAACACUUGUAUCCAGGUACAGCAUUCGGCAUUCCUCUGUUGGCCGACGGGUGCGGGACGGUUGUUGCUGUUGGCAGCGAAGCCAAUCCGAGCUGGAAAGGCAAGAAGGUUGUUGUGAAUCCUGGCACUGGCUGGAAGGACAGCCUGGAUGGUCCCGAGGACAAGGCCGGAUACAAGAUCCUUGGAGGGACAAAGACGAAUGCAAAUGGCACCCUUCAAGAGUACAUGUGCAUAGACGAAGGAGAACUCGAAGAAGCGCCCGAGCAUCUCUCUUCGGUGGAAGCGGCUGCCUUCAUUCUCACUGGCCUUACCGCGUGGCGAGCGGUCAUGGUCAAAUGCGGCGAGAAAAAUCUCAAGCCCGGCAAGAACAUCUUGGUUACAGGUAUUGGCGGUGGGGUGGCAUUGUUUGCUCUGGAGUUUGCGAGAGCAGCAGGCGCCAAUGUCUGGGUUACCAGCGGAAGCGAAGAAAAGAUUAGAAAGGCAGUCGCUCUGGGAGCGAAGGGCGGAGUCAACUACAAAGAAGAAGGCUGGGAUAAGAAACUACAGGCGAUGUUGCCAGCUGAGAACAAGCAGUUGGACGCAAUUGUUGAUGGUGCUGGUGGGGAUGUCGUUUCCGUCGGUGCCCGACUGCUCAAGCCAGGUGGUAUAAUCGCCGUCUACGGUAUGACAAUAGGACCCAAGAUGCCUUUCCUGAUGCAAGCGGUCUUGAAGAAUAUUGAGGUCAAAGGGUCAACUAUGGGAUCCCGAAAGGAAUUCAGAGAUAUGGUGAACUUCAUCAAAGCCCAAAAAGUCAAGCCGGUGGUGUCGCGGGUCGUCCAAGGCUUCGAUCUGGACGCCAUCAAUGGCUUGUUUGACGAAAUGAAGAAGGGGAGCCAAUUCGGCAAAUUGGUGGUCGAGAUCUCUAAGGAAGGCGCUGAUAGCAAAUUGUGA